AUGACAUCUCCGAAUCUCUCCUCCCGUAUCCCUACGCUCAUCAUCCUCUCCAUCCUCACAGUCUUCGGCUUCGACGCGUUGAUUCUGCAACUCGACCGCAACGGCUACACCUCGAUGCUAAAAUCCAUAACCCACGACCCCGUCCCACGCUUCCUCCCGGAUACUAACCGCUUACUUCUCAAACAAUACACCGGAAUAGGACCAGUUGAUGACUUUUUCGCUUUUUCGAAUGUCAUCUGGGCGAAUGUAACCGAUGGCUCGAGUCCGGAACUUUCGCUGUUCACGUUUUGUUUCGGGGCGCAGUUGAUUGCGUUUUUCGUGGUGUUUUUGAUCGAAGCGCAGAGGGUGCUUGCUUGGAGUCCGCUUGUGCUGAAUGGUGUAUUCUGGGGAUUUGCGGUGCAGAGUCUUGGGUUUGGAUUCGUUGCGCCGCUUUACUUUGUCAUUCACUUGAUCUUCACAGCUGGAUCGUCAAGGUCUGAGAGCGUCCAUAUUCGCGACUACUUGUGUCUUCACACGGUCGUCCCGUCUUUUCUUCUCGGAUAUGUCGUGCCGUGUAUUUUCAUGGCUUAUCCAUUCUCGAACUUCAAUGUUCGACAGUGGUCUAAUGCAGUCUGGGCUAUUGCUCCAGUCUACAUCUUUACACUUCAAGCGGUGUUUACUGUUGUUCUCAAGAGGCUGAGUGUUGGGCAGGAUGCGCACAAGCCAAAGGUCGUUCUCGACAAGACUGCUUUGUCGCAUACGUACAGCUUCGCGUGGAAUAUCGCAGUCAUAGGCCAGAUGACAACCUACGCCGUCUUUAUCACAGCGAACCUCCUUCCAGGUCUCUUCCCAGACGGUUUAGCGGCCUCAUUGAGCAUGAACAGGGUCUUCAUUCCCGACGCGGCGCCUCAUUCAUACAAGCCCAUGUCCAGCGCCGCAGCGGCCAUUCACAACUUUUUGAUCUACGAUUUUGCGACGGGAUCUGUGGCGGCGCUUAUGUGGGCGCUGCAGCAACUCUUGGAGGUCAAGCCUGAGUUGAGAGUUGGAGAGGAGAGGACUAAUCUUAUGAGGGGGAUUGUCACGAGUGUUUUGCUGUCGGGCCCGGGAGGGGCGGUUGUUGCGUUGAUGCAGCAUCGUGAUGAGUCUGUUCUCAGCUCCGAGGGCAAGGCUGAGAAGAUUCAGUGA